CCAGAAAUCGACCGAUCGGGCGCGCAUGGAGACGCCUUCAGAACGGCCGGCGGUGAGGCUCAUCGGCUGGCUGAGCCCGUACGUGCACCGGGCAGAGGUGGCCCUGCGCCUCAAGGGCGUCCCCUACGACCUCCUCCACGACGACAUGGCCAGCAAGAGCCACCUGCUGCUCGCCCACAACCCCGUCCACAAGAAGGUCCCCGUCCUCCUCCACGGCGACCGCUCCAUCGCCGAAUCUCUCGUCAUCGUCGAGUACGUCGACGAGGCCUUCCCCGCCGGCCCGCCGCUGCUCCCCGCCGACCCGCUCGCCCGCGCCAACGCCCGCUUCUGGGCCCGCUUCCUCGACGACAAGUGCUGGAAGGCCCUGUGGGUGGCGCUGUGGGCGGAGCCGGGCGAGGCGCGGGCGGCGGCGGCGAGGGAGGCCAAGGAGGGCCUGGCGCUGCUGGAGGCGCAGCUGCCGGCGGGGAAGCGGUUCUUCGGCGGCGACGCCAUCGGCCUCCUCGACAUCGCCGCCAGCGGGGUGGCGCGCUGGCUGGGGGUGUUCGAGGAGAUGGCCGGGGUGUGGCUGCUCACCGAGGAGGAGCGCCCGGCGCUGUGCCAGUGGGCGAGGGAGAACGCAUGAGGUACCCUGAGAUGGCGAGAAGGGAGGAGAGCCUGAUUCGUCGCACCUUCGGAAAUCGGUGCUUCCCCAUAACAUUGGUAGUCUAGAAUAGUUGGUAGCCUGAUUCGUCCAAACCGAAACCAUGCAUUUAGUAGUCUAGAAUAGUUGGUUUCAGCAUUAGAGUGACACUUCCAGGUUUUGGCAUGCAUGAUAUUAUAACAGAAGUGGUUGUGACAUUAGGGCAACAGAAUAGAGUGUGAAUUGUUUCAUAAGAAAGUAAAUGUACUGCAUAGGAUAGGAGUACAUCGAACAUGUUUUUAGGUCUGCCUUAAGAUGUUUUUGCACAUGGCAAUUUAUACAUGUUUGCUUCU